AUGAAAACAAAGCGUAAUCAAUCAACAUCAGAAGAUAACGACGGAGUGAACACGACAAAGCUUUGUUAUAACAGUAGAAAAAUUACAAUACAUAAGAACAAGAUUGUGAUUUUUAACUGUCGGAGAGUUGUUGCCGUUUUACCAAUUGUUAGCGCCAAUGCGUCACACUCUUCAGUUUUCAUGCCCAGUUAUAACUUCAAGGCUUCAAACUCCACAGUACACAAUGGUCAGGAUUACGUGGUGAUGAAUAAGCAACGCGAUCACGCGCGCACAUGCUCUCAGGUGUUGGAUUCGAAGUGGCUGGCGACAAAGUGGCUAGGUGAGCGUUAUAUGGAGAAGAUCAAAGCCAACCCUCACAGUCCACUUGCAGCUAUACGACAGUGUGUCGAUGAAGAUUUUGGCCUGAAGAUAGGUAGGAUGAAGGCAUAUCGGGCCAGAGAGCACGCACUGGACGGCAUAUUCGGGUCUACGGCAAACCAAUACAGAAACUUAUUCUACUACAAAGCCGAAUUGGAGCGGAUGCACCCUGAUUCCAGCAUACAUAUACAUUAUGAGAAUACAAGGGAUUCUGGCGCCGUGGGUCCGAGAUUCCUGAGGUUCUACUGCUUUCUAAGACCAUUGAAAAAGAGAUGGAUGCAGUUAUGUCGGCCAAUUAUCUUCUUCGACGCUUGUUUCUUGCGAGGAAUGUACAAAGGACAGCUCAUGACAGCAAUGGGAAUUGAUCCCAACAAUUGCUGGUGGCCGAUUGCUUGGACUGUGACUGAGACCGAGAGUUAUGUCCAGUGGAAGUGGUUCGUGGAGUACUUGGCUGAUGACCUUAAAUUGCAUGCAAAUGGCCCACGAUAUGUGUUUAUGUCUGACCAACAAAAGGGCCUUGCAAAGUUGAUUGUUGAGGAAUUCCCACAGAGCGAGCAUCGCUUCUGUGUGCAGCACAUAUAUAACAAUUUCAAGAAGAGAUUUAUCGGAGAAAAUUUCAAAGACCGGUUGUGGGAGAUUGCCUCGAGUACCACCCCCGAACAUUAUGUGGACAAGAUGGAUGCUUUGCAGACCGAGUAUCCCCAAGCACAUCAGUGGCUUUCUGAAGUUGCUCCCAAAGAAAAUGGAUCAGAAGCUACGAUCACGCAGUCCCUCUUGUUAUCAAGGAGCUUGUUGAUCACGCAGUGGAUCAGAAGCUACGAUCACGCAGUCCCUCUUGUUAUCAAGGAGCUUGUUGAUAAGUGGUACGCGCGCGCUUCAUCGUGGAGGGCUACAUGGAACGGACAGUCUUCGUACCAAGUAACUGGGCCAUCUGGCCAAUAUGUUGUCAACAUGCGCGAUUUUACAUGCUCCUGCAGAUUGUGGCAGCUAACCGGAAUCCUGUGCACUCAUGCUAUCGCAACAAUCAACAAGAAUGGCGACGACGUGACGCUAUUCGUUUCCCGCUAUUAUUUGAAGUCAACAAUGAUCAUGUUGUACGAGAAUGUCCUUUACUCAAUCAAUGGGGUGGACAAUUGGCCCAACACUACUUCUGAUGGUGCGGUGGAACUGGCGCCCCCGAGGUCAAAGCGACAGCGUGGUAGGCCAAAGAAACUGAGACGUGAGAAGCCCCAUAUUCGUCUUCAUGCGGACGGAGGUGAGUCAUUGCGUCGCACCUUCGUGAUGAAAUGUCGUCGGUGCGGUCAAGAAGGUCAUAAUAGGAGGACAUGCAGCAAUGAUCCUCGGACAGAUGCUCGUUCUCAGGUUGGGGAGACUUCGCACUACAACGGGUCGCAUGAACAUGGUGAGAGUACUUUGCCUGAAUCGUCAAACAAUCGCCGACGCCAAGAGGCAUAG